AAUACGUUCCAGUUCUUAUGACCCAACUUCUGAAUUUAAAGAUUGUUUUCUCUGCAAGUUCAAAAACCAAGUUACACAUUUGGAAAACUAAAAUAUCCUUGGGGAUUUACUGUAUUAGUUUGACUAUAGAACGAGUUGGAUAGUGAUUAGAUGAAAUCAUGAAUCGACUGUUGGGAUGUGAUGUGUUUUAUUAAAUCCUAGUAAACUCGUGCUAGUCCACAUUCGGCCAUGAUCAGGAUUAUAGGAACAUCCUGAUGUUUCUGUGUCCCUCAGGCUUUUGGCUGUGGUUUACUGUUUUACCAAGGGACGUGACACUUUCCUAAGGAGCAGUUACUAUUUUGUUCCUUUGGACUGGAUAUGUAUACCUCCGAUUCUGAUAGAGUAUACAAUCCGGCACGAGAAUUUACAACCGAGCCCCUAGUUUAAUCAUUUAUGUGGAUUUAACUAUCUAUUCUACUAUAAAUGACACCAAGGUUCAAACCCCUGAUGUAGCAACGUAACUAUAACAAAUCUCAUCGAACCAAAUUUCAAAUUUCUGAGGAAAUGUUAUAACACGAUCUUACAAAUAAAAUGACAAUUUUUCUUUGGAGCCCGUCGGACAGCCACUACUGUAUCGUGUUCAGCUGUUUGUGUCUGUGACUAUGUCUAGUCGGUGGGACUGGAUGCUUGGCAUCAUCUUUAUGGUGGCCAUCUCUGUCAUUGUCAUUGUGGCCACGUUCGCCUGUAUCGUCUUCUGUAAGUGUAAGAAGAAACUGAAGCAGGCAAAGACGGUGGGCAUCGAACCGACGGCGACGGACGACGACACGGAUAUUGAGCUGCGCCCUGUGAGUCCCUCGGACAUUGGGCGGGGCCGGAAGAAGACGACGCCGGUCACGCCCCUUCACACUCAUAGAUCCUCCAUCACCACCCCUAUAGGCUCCUCCCGUCAGUCCAACGACCAUUUCUUCUACUCCAGCAGACAGGCCUGGAUGUUUGAGCCAGACUGAUAGCGUCAUUAGACUGAAUUGUCAAGUUUUAUUGAAAAUUUGUGACGGUGUAAAGGCGAAGAGUUGUGUUCCUAAUCUGGUGACGGCCUAAUGUACUGACUGGAGUAAAGACUUAGGUGGAAGUUACGAUGUUAAGGAAUGUCAGUGUUAUGUUACUGUCUAUGUUACAAUGAGAUCAAUAUUAGUGGUUAUGUAACUGUCUAUGUUACAAUGAGAUCAAUAUUAGUGUAACAACUGAAUGUAAAUGUUACUGUCAGUGUUAAAAUGAGAACAAUAUUAGUGUAACAACUGAAUGUAAAUGUUACUGUCAGUGUUAAAAUGAGAACAAUAUUAGUGUAACAACUGAAUGUAAAUGUUACUGUCAGUGUUACAAUGAGAACAAUAUUAGUGUAACAACUGAAUGUAAAUAUUACUGUCAGUGUUACAAUGAGAUCAAUAUUAGUGUAACAAUUGAAUGUAAAUGUAACUGUCAGUGUUACAAUGAGAACAAUAUUAGUGUAACAACUGAAUGUAAAUGUUACUGUCAGUGUUACAAUGAGAACAAUAUUAGUGUAACAAUUGAAUGUAAAUGUUACUGUCAGUGUUACAAUGAAAACAAUAUUAGUGUAACAACUGAAUGUAAAUGUUACUGUCAGUGUCACAAUGAGAACAAUAUUAGUGUAACAAUUGAAUGUAAAUGUUACUGUCAGUGUUACAAUGAGAACAAUAUUAGUGUAACAAUUGAAUGUAAAUGUUACUGUCAGUGUUACAAUGAGAACAAUAUUAGUGUAACAACUGAAUGUAAAUGUUACUGUCAGUGUUACAAUGAGAUCAAUAUUAGUGUACCAACUGAAUGUAAAUGAUACUGUUAGUGUUACAAUGAGAACAAAAAAUGUAAUGCUUUCAAUGAUACAUGGAGUGUGAGGAUAACAAUAACAAUAUAUUACAGUUAAAAUGUAAAUGUCUCAUUCAUUGCAAAACUCUUCAUUGUGUAACAGUAUGUAAUCAUUAUUAUUAAAGACAACAACACAAAAUCUGCUAAAAUAUCUACAUAACACUUUAAUCAAUAAUCAGUAUUUUAUAAUUAAUGAUUAAAAAAAAAGCAAAUCCCUUGUUUUGUACACAGAAUUCUAUAAUCCAUUACUUUGUACACAGACAUAUAUAGGCAGUUUCUGAUUACAGAACCAGUUUUACUCAAAUUCUAAAAACAACAACACUUUUACAUAGGGAAUUUGUUCCAUGAUUUUUCCUUUUGUUGACAAAUUUGAUUUAGAUCUUCAUCUCAUUGAUCUUCAUUCUGAUUAUGUAACUUUACAGGGAAAAGGGAAGUAUUUAACUCCUGUACAAAGUUUGAAUUUGUUCAAUAUAAAUAUUAAAUAACAGCUUGAAAUUCUUAAAUUAUAAACUGCAUCUUUGGUUCUGAUUAAGACCACCAAGUUUAAAAAUUUAAAACUAGAAAAAAAAUUAAAAUAGUGGUUACACAGGCUAUAAAGUAAACGUGCAAAAGAAACGUGAUGAAGGAUUACAGGGUGAGGCAAUGAUCCACUUUGUAGAUACUUAAAACACUCCACUGACCAAAACACGCCUGCACAGGUCUGGGAGAGCUGUCAUUUCUGUUUUAGUAACACGUUAGCGUCUGCUUCAAUUCAAAAUAUAAGUUACUGGCAACUUUAUACAAAGGAGCAAAGCUUUGAUUUCUAGGUAUGCGAACAAGCUUCCAAUAAAUAUAAAAUCCUUAAAAUCAAUUUCUAAAUGAAUCAUAGGAGAGACCCUAGGAGUAGUAUGAAAUCCUUGUGUACAGGAUAAAGAACAGUCACGCUGUCGAAUAUCACCAGGUUCUACACGAGAUACGCCUUAAUUAGAUUGCACCAAUUUGUUUAUUCCUUGUAACAAUAGGAAGUAGACAAGCUUCACGGCUCAGUGGUUCAUGGCACAUAGUACUCGUGUUAAGCCAACCAUCACUUGACCGGCGGUCAGAGUUCAACACAGAGCCAGGGCCAUCAUUUAAUACUAAUGUGAAGCAUGAGAGAAUAAAAUAGACCAACUCUUACAUGAUGAAAGUGUAGAAAGAAAAAAGGGGAGAAUCCUACACAAAAUAGGGGAUCCCCCAAGCUACCUUACACAAUGAUGUACAUGAUCAUCUUGUUU